AUGUCAAUAAAUCCGACACCUUUAUCUUCCAAUUUCUUCUCUUUAGCUUCAAAGUCCAAUCUUUUCUCUAAUCUUCAAAACACCAUUUCUUCUUUUCCUCUAAAACCAACUGUGAUUUCACUUAAGCCCUCAAAUUUUCCAAUCCAGACUCGGUGUGUUCAUUCAAAUUCCUCUCGUUCUUCUUCUUCUGGUGAAAUUCAUGUGAUCGUUGGCCCUAUGUUUGCUGGCAAAACUACCACUCUUCUUCACCGUGUUCAAGCUGAAAUCAGUGAUGGGAGAAGCAUAGCAAUUAUAAAAUCAAACAAGGAUAAUAGAUAUGGAUUGGAUUCGGUAGUGACACAUGAUGGGGUCAAAUUGCCAUGUUGUGCGCUGUCCAAUCUGUCGUCAUUCAGACAGAAAUUUGGUCACGAUGCUUAUGAUAAGCUAGAUGUGAUUGGUAUUGAUGAAGCUCAGUUCUUUGAAGACUUGUAUGAUUUCUGCCGUGAAGUUGCUGAUCGUGAUGGAAAAACUGUAAUAGUUGCUGGCCUGGAUGGGGACUAUCUGAGGAGGAGUUUUGGUUCUGUUCUCGAUAUAAUUCCUCUUGCUGAUUCUGUAACUAAGUUGAGCGCCCGAUGUGAAAUUUGUGGAAAACGUGCUUUCUUUACCUUAAGAAAGACAGAGGAGACACAGACGGAACUGAUUGGUGGGGCUGAUGUUUAUAUGCCUGUAUGUCGUCAGCACUAUGUCAGUGGACAAGUUGCUGUCGAAGCUGCAAAAAUGGUUCUUGAAUCUCAGAAGGUUCAGUGUGGCUCUUUUGUGUAG